AUGAAUCCACAUCAAUUGCCUUUGAUUCUCUCAGCCACCAACCGCCAAGAAGAGGCUUGUUUACAAUCAUCAUCAUCAUCGGCUACUGUAACUUCAACAACAACAACAACAUGGAAACAACAAAAUGAUGAUCAUCUUGAGCAUGAUGGACAACCAUCGGAAAAGAAUGACCAAACUAUUUUGGAUCUUGAUGAUGGAUACGGAAAACUGUAUAAAAAGCAUUCCCGAGAUGAAAGUAGCAACCAUAACAACAACAACACUACAAGAGCCAUCCGGAGUACUACUGGUAAUGGCUCACAAAAAUUCAACCACAAUAGUCAAGUGAAUACAGCAACAAAUAAUACGCCUCCAUCAUCAAUCGGUCGACCAAGCCGAAAUAUCCCCAUGGAAUAUAAAAGUGGUGAUGUUGCAAAAGAAGUUUCAACAACAUCCACUCCUCCUGAAGUGGUCAAUAUUGAACAGGAUCAUGACAACAACGAAAUCAAUAGAAAACAACAAGAUCGUUCACCUCCGUCGCUUGCAUCUCCCGAAAUGAACGGAUCGGCAACGAAAAGAAAAAAGUCGGUAACAUUUCAUCCAGAGGUUGUGACUUCUUCCCGAUCGUUGUCACCCACCUCUCAUUUGAUGAACGGGGCAUCUGAUGAUCUUAUUUCUCAGCACGAAAAUGAAUCCUCAAAUUCACACUCUUUUAGAAAUGAAAGCGAUAUAAAUGGUGCUGGGAGUGUUUUCUUCAAACACCCACCUUGGCUGGUUUAUACAUUCCAACAUUCAUGGAGAGUGAAACUGCAAGAAUAUUCGAACAAUGAUUCUGACGAGCCAGAAGAAAAUCUUACAAGCCUGUUAACAUUAGAAAAAAUUAUGAGCCGACCCAUUGAUAUCGAGAGUCCAAUUUGGUACUUUCUUCCUAAGAGGUUAAUUCAAGCCUCAACCAUUGAAAACGAUCAAUUUAAGCUAAAUAAUUAUCAAAUUGACGAAGAUGAUUUGGAACCAAAAUUUGAAGUUUAUUUCAAUUAUUGGGCACAAUUAAGAGACUCACUGUUUCUGCGUUUAAGAAAAGAAAAUAAGAAGCUCAAAAAUGAAAAAUCAUCCAAUGCUCAACUGUGGUACGGCUAUCACAAUGCAGCAAUUUUAUCCUUUUUCAUUGAGACCCAAAAAGACAGCUUAUGUGACUUGCAAAAAGCUCUUCACUUUAGAAUAUUUGAUUUACUAUUUGAAUCUAUGGCCCAAUUAAACCAAUCAGAAAAUACAGAGAAUAUAACACUAAUUUCAGAUCAAGAAUUAACAUUGAUGAAGACAGUGUGCUUCUUUUAUAUUGAAACAGAGCAUUUAUUCCAUGCUACAAGUGUAUUGUACCAUGUGAUGCGAAAUUACUGUUUCACUGCUGAAUCAUACCAAAAGUUGGUUCAAAAAUGGUCGACAAGUGACUUGGAAAAAUUGGAGAUCUAUCCUUUGAAUAUAGACUGGAAAGUAGUCUAUUUGAUCCUGCGACUUAUAUCAAAGUAUUUAGAAAUUCUUGAAAGAAAGCCUACCGAAUCAUCCUUUGUCAGUCAGCUUCAAUAUGACGAAUUUUGCAAGGUUGACCGAGGUUUAUCUCAAUUUUCACAGAACGAUCUCCUCUGCUUUCGCAAUUGCGUCAUUGAACAAAUUUGUAAAUAUAAGCCAAAUCAUGAUCUCUAUCUAUUGUGGAAGGACAAAUGGCAAGCCGACGAUACUGAAAACUCAUGCAAGGCAUUUCCGAAAAUUGAAACAGAGCCUGAAUUGUUAGAAAAUUGUUUUUAUAUUUUAUAUUUAAUAAUUUCCAAAGAAAGAGAGCGAAUUUCAGAAAAGGGUUUCACAGAAAGCAGCGCAAACCCUACCGACUUCAAACCAAAGGUAACCGAAAGCCGAUCCAAAGUGUCACUAUUAUCCAAGCUUGGAAAUUAUUGGAAAAAACUUCGAUUUAAAUUUUUUGGAAAUUCCAGCUUGAUGACCAUCGUUCUUUAUAUUGCUGGAGUGCUUGGAACUGCUUUCAUUGUGAAGGUUAUUUAUCAAUUCUUUAGCUCCUCAGGCUUGUCUCAUUCUGAAAAACAAUUCAACUUGAGUAGGAAUGAUUUACGUCUACCUUAUCUAACAUCACCACAAUUUGAAAGUGCCUUACCCUCGAAAAUGAAUGUCACACCUUCUUCCAUACAUCAACAACAGACUCCUACAAAACGAUACUCAUCAUCACCUUCGUUGAACUUUGAAAUAGCUCACACCACAAAACCAUCAUCUUUACCAGUUGCAACUCUUGGAACUUCAUUCAAUACUCAACAUCCAGAAAAUAGAACUAUCAAUAAGGAAAACAUACGAACCAUUCUAAAGCCAAGUAAUUUCAAACAAGAUUUUUAUGAAAAAGUCGAUCAAGUAAAUGGCCAGAUAGAUCGUGUAGUGGAACGAGAUUUCAAUUACAUUUCAUCACUACGAGAGGAAAUGGAUCACAUCUUUGAUAUUGCAGAGAAAAUGAAACAACCAAAAAAGAAAUCAACUUCUUCUGAUGAAGAGAAACAACAAGAAACACAAAAACCACUUGUCUCUUUCCAAGUUGGAGAUCAAGUCGAACAGCCUAAUAGUUCUGUCACUGUUUCACAAUCUUCACCUGGUGAGAAUAUGCGAUCACAGAACACAUCACCAAUUUACAAGAGAGCUCUCGAUACCUCUGCACUUCCUACAGAAUACAAUCCAGUUGGUUUUGGAAGUGAUGAGCUUCCUCCUUUCCCUUCAACAAAUCAAAAUCCAAAUUUGGCAACAUUUAUUGGAAGUGAAGGUGUUUCAAAGAGUAAUGUGGUUGCUAACAACAGGUUAAAUAAUUUGAAUCGAACGAUUGGAAGUAGUACGAAUCGAAAAACAUUAACAACAACGUCAAGGAAAAAGACAUCUACUCCCAACACUGGAGGUCCAAAAGUGUUUGGAAAACGAAAGGUGUAA